UGCCGCAGAAGGCUCCGGGUAAAUACCUUCCCUUCCCUUCCCUUCCCUCCCGGGGCACGGGAGUCGGCGUCAGAACGAAUUCCAACAGUAUUAUGGCCGAGUACAGCCACAUGCAGAACCAGCUGGAUUUACAAAAUGGUAGCUCAGAAGAAGGUUUUGUGGUGAAUUCCCUUGAAAACAAUCUCCAAGGCAUAAUGGAUAGUUUAAACCAGAAGAAAUACACUUCUAGCCUAAGAUUUAAAACUAAUGGAGACUACUCUGGCUCCUACUUAACUCUUUCACAACCAAUGUCUGUCAAGAGAAGCCCGUCUCCUCUGGGGUCUGGUAUCAGAAAUGCCUCUUUGGCCAAAAUCCAGGGAAGUAAACAGUUCUCUUGUGAUGGCACUGACAAAAACAUUUCCACCAAACCUCCCACUCCUUUUCUAGGUACUACACCCUCCCUUAGUGGAUAUCCCCUUGGGAUCGCAGACUUUGAUCACUGUGCUGGAUGGGAGGAUGAAAGGUCCUUGAAACUUGCUGAUAAACUUCCUUAUUCCAAGUACAGCUCAAAGAAUAAGUCACAUGACAAUGUCUACUUUCUUGGGGGGCAAGAAGGCCGAAAGACAUCAGGCUCCCUUUUGACCAUGUGGAAUGGAAACUCCAUUAAUGAUGUUGGACUUUCACCUCUCCGGAAGUCUGGAGCAACAAGCAUGCCCUCUAGCCCAAAGCAAGCCAGGAAGAUGACCAUUCAGGACAGCAUGACUCUUCAGCCCAAAAUGACAAAAUACAAGGAAAUAACCGCUGAGAAUGUUGGUUUAAGAACCAGGAAAUAUUCAGGAAGCUCCCUAAGUCAAAUGGGGGCAUACAGCCGUUCACUGCCCAGGUUGUACAAAGCCACUGAGAACCAGCCGAUGCCACUCAGCUUGCCCCCAAGAAACUCUCUAGGUAAUUCCAAAAGAAAGAAACUUGGGGAAAAGGAUCUACCUCAAAGCAUAACAGAUGCUGACAACUACCUUAAUUUUUCUUCUUUAAGCUCAGGGGCUUUGCCAUAUAAGAACUUUUCAUCAGACAGCAAUCCAUAUGUUAGUUCUACUCUUAGCAUUCCUGCAAGCCCCCGAGUGGCUAGGAAAAUGCUGUUGACUUCCACCUCAUCCUGUGCAUCGGAUGAUUUUGACAGGAUGAUAUUCUCAGGAACAAGCCCUAAUAAUUCGUUUUCUCCUGGAGAGUUCAAUAGAGUAUUUGCUGGCAGAAGGGACUUUUCUCGUAGCUCCAUGGAGUUUGAUGACUCUGACUUGGAGAGCCUCAGACAGACUUCCAGUACUCCCCAGCCAGUCCUUAGAGAAAGGAAAAGCAGCAUUAGCUCCAUUUCAGGAAGAGAAGAUCUGAUGGAUUAUCACCGGAGGCAAAGAGAAGAAAGGCUGAGGGAGCAGGAGAUGGAGCGAUUGGAGAGACAGCGCCUGGAAACGAUCCUCAGCCUUUGUGCAGAAUAUACUAAGCCUGACAGUAGCUCAAUUGCUAUGACCACUGUUGCUGAUGUGCAGAAGAUUAACAAAGAGCUUGAGAAAUUGCAGCUUUCCGAUGAGGAGUCUGUGUUUGAUGAAACCAUGUUACCUCCGGAAACAAGAUACAGGUGCCACCGGAAAGCCUCCAUUACUGAUUCAGAGUUGUCAGCGUUCAGUAGCCUCAGUCAGAAUGCUACCAGCUUACCUUCCACAAGGAGUUUCAGAAAUGAUGAACCCUUCAGUGACCACGCCAAGACUCCCCCAUUACCUUCCUCUCUCUUAUUGAAGGCUUCCAGUGAGUCUGCCUAUCUAAGUAUCGUACCAAAGACACCCGAAAGUGGAAAUGAAGAGCAGAGGAGUCAGGAAUUGGCUCAUAUGGAAGAGGCCCGAAUGGUGAUACUAAAUAACCUUGAGGAACUUGAAAAAAAGAUUAAAGACCUCAAUGAUCAGAUGGAUGAAUCUUCCAGAGAGGGAGAUAUGGAAUUUGCCCUUCUGGAUGGUGAACAGAAAGCAGAAUCAGCCGAACUUAUGAAAGAAAAGGAGAUAUUGGACCAUCUAAAUAGGAAGAUAGCAGAGCUUGAAAAGACCAUUAUUGGGAAAAGAUCAAAGGAUGCUGACCUGUUGGAUGUAGAAAGCAAACACUUCGAAGAUCUAGAAUUUCAGCAGCUGGAGCAUGAGAGCCGGUUAGAUGAAGAGAAAGAGAAGCUGACCCAACAACUCUUACGUGAAGUAGCUGAAUAUCAAAGGAGCAUCGUCACUAGAAAGGAGAAAAUUUCUGCAUUAAAGAAGCAAGCCAGUCAUAUUGUCCAGCAAGCUCAAAGAGAACAAGAUCAUUUUGUGAAAGAGAAAAAUAACUUAAUAUCAAUGCUACAAAGAGAAAAGGAGAAUCUUUGCAAUCUGGAAAAGAAAUAUUCUAUCCUUUCUGGAGGAAAGGGGUUUCCAGUCAAUCCCAAUAGUCUAAAAGAGGGCUUUAUCAGUGUAAAUGAAAUUAAUGAGCUAGGUGGCAAUUCCACGAAUCUAUCCCCUUCUACUCAGCUUUCCACUGACGCUGAUGCUGAUGCUGAUCCCACUGAGCCUUCCACAGCUGUGCUGCUGAGCCAGCCACAAAAUCAAGAGCACUUCAGAAAUAUGGAAGAGAGAAAGAAACAACACAAAGAAGGCCUCUAUCUAAGUGAUACCUUGCCUCGGAAAAAAACUACACCUUCAGUAUCUCCACAUUUCAGCAAUGCUACUAUGGGAAGAAGCAUCACCCCCAAGGGUCAUCUGCCCCUAGGACAGAGCAACAGCUGUGGCAGCGUCCUCCCUCACUCCCUGGCAACGAUGUCCAAAGAUUCAGAAUCGAGGAGGAUGCACAAAGGGUAUAAUCACCAACAGAUGAAUGAAGGACAAAGGCAGAAAUCUUCUGAUUUUUACAACCGAACUGCAUCUGAAUCAAAUGUCUAUUUGAAUAGUUUCCAAUACCCAGAUCAUAGUUACAAAGAUCAUGCCUUUGAUACUUUGAGCAUGGAUAGCUCUGACAGCAUGGAAACCAGCCUUUCUGCUUGCUCUCCUGACAAUAUCUCCAGUGCCAGCACAUCAAAUAUUGCCAGAAUAGAAGAAAUGGAGAGGCUGUUGAAACAGGCUCAUGCUGAAAAGACACGUUUGCUUGAAUCUAGGGAACGUGAAAUGGAGGCCAAAAAACGAGCUCUAGAAGAAGAAAAACGGCGUCGAGAACUACUAGAGAAAAGAUUGCAAGAAGAAACUAGCCAACGACAAAAACUAAUUGAAAAAGAAGUAAAAAUAAGAGAGAAGCAAAGAGCACAGGCUCGACCCUUGACUCGCUAUCUGCCUGUUAGGAAGGAAGACUUUGAUCUACGGAGCCAUGUAGAGACUGCUGGCCACAAUAUAGAAACCUGUUACCACGUGUCCAUCACAGAAAAGACCUGUCGGGGCUUUCUUAUCAAGAUGGGUGGAAAAAUUAAAACCUGGAAAAAACGGUGGUUUGUUUUUGACCGAAACAAAAGAACAUUCUCCUAUUAUGCAGAUAAACAUGAAGCUAAAUUAAAAGGAGUGAUAUAUUUUCAAGCCAUUGAAGAAGUCUAUUAUGAUCACCUCAAGAAUGCAUAUAAGAGUCCUAAUCCAUUACUCACCUUUAGUGUCAAGACACAUGAUAGGAUCUAUUAUAUGGUGGCUCCAUCCCCAGAAGCCAUGAGGAUCUGGAUGGAUGUUAUUGUUACUGGAGCAGAAGGUUAUACCCAUUUCAUGUUGUAAUGAAUGGAUGCAGCAGUUCGCAAGAGGGCAGAUUGCAAUAACCUUAUACCAGAAAUAAGCCAUAUUCAAUCCCAUUUGGAAAAACUCCAAGCAAGAAGGAUAACAUUCACACACAUUACUUUACAAAAACAUGUUUGGAACUCCCUUACAUAUUAACAAGAGUUUGUUCUUUUCUUUUGGGGUUUUUUUAUUUUCACUUUUAGAAGACAAUGUGAUGCCAAUUCAUAGUUUGAUCAUUAACAAUGGCAAAAGGACUGAAGUUGCUGCAAGAAGGAAAACAUUUUGUUUUGGGAAUGACUGCAGCACCAGCAGCAUUUAUAAGGCAAUUUUCUUAAAAACUUUUUAUAUGAGUUGUCUUAGUGAAAAACCAAGCCAUUUGCAAGUGUUUGUUUGUACUCAGAAAUAUGAAAUUAUUUUAAUAACUGAACCAAAAGAUAUGAUUACAUAUAUUUUUAAUUUAUAGCAUUUGAUAUAUUAGUAACCAACUGGCUCUUUUUUUUUAAGUCCUUUCCUAUUGUGUAUUUCAUAAAUUAAUACUACAGAAAGGGAGAAAAGGGUGGGAAACAAAAAGAAUUUAAAUGAAUAUCUAAAUCCUCUGUAGCUGAGUAUUGCACCAAAGCCAAAGACUUGAUAUUGAUAGACCUUCUACUUCCAAGCAAUUCCAAGUGAUGAGCGAUAUUUUGAUUCUUUGUACAAGACAAAAAGAACCUCAAACCUUUUAAUAAUAUUAAAAUGCCAUAGGAUGUGUUACAAGCCAGUUUCAGAAUGCUACCUUUAGCCAUAGACCCAGGCUGCAACUGCACUGGGUCUUUUGGGGGUCAAAUGGGCCACAGCUAAAGGCUAUACUAACCCCAAUUAGUUACAUUUCUAUGAAUCCCAAAACUAUUUCUGGGACCCAUUAGAAUCAGUUCCUGCCCUAUAUCUUACAUGAAGAGGGUAUUCAUUGGAAUUAUUUUUUUUUUAUCUGAAGACAUUUUCCAAUCCCUGUGCAGAGAUCACUGGUAAUAACAACCACUCACAUAGCACUUUACAGUUUACGGGGAGCUUUCCUCAUACUAAUCCCAUGAAGUCAUUAGUAAAAGUAUUAUCAUCCCCAUUUUAUGGAUGAAGGCUGAAGCUGAGAGGUUGUCACUUUACUUAGGGUCACAUGCCUAGGGAGCAGCAUAGCCAGAAACUGAUUCUAGGUCUCCUGACUCCAAACCCAGGACUUUAUAUCCACUGUUUAUAGCUGCCCCCCAUUCAGGCCAGCCAAAGCAAUUUUUUUUUCCUUUUCCUUGCAUGCUUCUACUUUAUUCUGGAUCCUGCCUUUCACUUGUAGCCUUCCUUAAACAUGCAUAAAGUCAGUUUGUUGAGUUUUUAAUCACAAACCAGACUACGAUUAAAAUCGAAAAUGAUUGUUAGUGAGAGGCAAGGGGUCUGUUUAUAAGAGGCAAAUGCAGUCCAACUCAUAAUGUAUUUGAGGAGGUAAAUCCUUCUUUUACAUUAGUCACUGCAUUUUUUUAUAGUGUUAAAGUCCAUUUUUGUUGAAUAAAACUUUGACUUCAGGCAAGUCAUUUAUAAUACUUUUCCAAAUGUUGUCCGUCCUGAUGGCCUGGGUGUAUUUGUGCAUUUGUGUGUAUGUCUAUUCCUUCUGUUAUAUAGUGGAAAUGUGGUAAAUGAGUAGCACUAGAAAAUGAUGAAUUUACCUACAAGUACAAUACGGAAUUACUAGAAUUAAAGUUUUUCUUCCCAAAAUUUGUCUGGAAUCAAUGGAUUUAAGUUUAUAUUUGAAGUCUCUGUAUGCCUGACUGCCAUUAGAAUGACUUUGCAGCUGGAUGAUACAUGAUUUUACUUGAACAAUGAAGGACAGAAAUGUUAUUGCAAAGGUUUUUAUGUUGUUGCUGUUAAUCUUUUUUAAGAAAAUCACAACUAAAAAUUAUAUGAUUUAAGACAGUAAAAUGCAAUGUCCUAAAUUACAUUGAUUCAUAUAAAUGUAUCACUUGUCUAUGUAUACUUUGCCUUCUCAAUGAAGUUAUAUAGGUUUUCUAAUCAACUUUUCUAUCUUGCAUGAUUAAGUAAAUCCAUUUAUAUUUGUUUUUAAAUAAGCUGUUUGGAGAUUAAAAAUGUUGGCCUGACUUCACAUUUUAAAACUAA